GCGCGAUUUAUUGCGGCGAAACUAAGCUACUUGACUGAGGACAGAGGUGGCCUUUCACCUAUACCAUUUUUCUGCGUUUUCGCAGUAUCCGAGUUGCUUUUUUACUUCCAAAAAGGCCCUUUGCUGUCUGACCGCAGACAGGCCUUCCAAUUUCAAUCCCCCACACUCCGAUCAUCCGGCCAGACCCGCCCUCUGCCUCGCAACCUUGAACAAGCAGCAUCGAAGAACAAUAGUCCCAAACCAACAACCCUCAAUCCACCCCGAAACGAAAAAAAACCCCCCAAAAUGUCCACUCCGACCCCCGACCCGGGCGCCGUCGCCCUCGACGCCCUCACCGACUUCUUCACGCAGCUCUACUCCGUCGCCGAGACCGUGGUCACCCGCUUCAUCACGAACUUGCACGGCUCCUUCGCCAACGUCUCCAUGGGCCGCUGGACCAAGGUCAUCCUCUCUGUGGUCGGCUACCUGAUCAUCCGACCUUACAUCGAAGCCUGGUUCAAGAAGAUGCAUGAGAAGGACCGCAAGAAGCACAUGGAGAAGAAGCGCGCCCAGGAAGCGGCGGCUGGCGGUGGCGCUGCUGGGAAGGGCGAGAAGAAGAAGGCGCGCAUGUCGGCCAAUGCGCUUCGCGGCGGGGGACGGGUGCUCGGGGAGGUGGAGAACACGGACGAUGAGAUCGAGGACGAGGAUGAUACCGCCGCCACCAACACUGCCACCGCGACCGCGACCGGCUCCGCGGCAACUUCCACCGCCACGCAGGAGGAUUUCGCGACGGCGAGCGGGGUGCCUGAGUGGGGGAAGAAUGCCCGCAAGAGGCAGAAGAAGUAUCAGAAGAGCUUGGAGAAGGAGGCAGAGAAGCAGACGCAGAAGUUGUCGGAGGAGGAGAUUAUGGAGUUGUUGGAUUGGAGUGAGGAUGAGGCUGAGGGAGUGAAGAAGGAGGAGUAGGUUGGGGGAAUCCCAAAUUGGUUGUUCGACGAGAGUCCUGGACGGGCUCUGUGAGGUUGAGUGGAUGGAUGCAUUGGUGCGAGAUUGGUGUUGCGGAGCUCUCCCUUCUUUCUGUGAGCGGAGUACAUAUAUAUAUGUGUGUAUGUGUGUGUCUCGUUGGUCGGCACUAUUAUUACUUCUAAUAUCUCUACAUAAUUGGUAUAGACAAAAUGAUGAUCAUGUUG